UUUAAUUUUAAUAAAAUUUACAUUUUAUUAUUAAACAAACGUUUGAAGUGGUAAUAAAUAAGUAAUUUUAUUUGAGUUGUUUCUAAAAUUUGCUGCGAAACAGCGCAGAAAUGCCGACUUAUGAACUAGCUCUAAUGCUUCGAGCGAUGCCAAAGGCAGAACUCAAAACCGCUCUAACAAGAGUUUCUCAUGCCAUAUUUGACCGUGGUGGUAUCAUAAGAAAUAUAGAAAACUUGGGAUUCAGAAAUAUGCCAUAUAAGACGUCAUCGCAUGGACUAGUACAUCGGGAAGCUAAUUACUUCAUAUUCAAAAUAGAUACAGCGACACAAGCUGUAGCCGAUUUAAAAGAAGAAUAUAGCAGGGAUGUCGAUAUCAUACGACAACGAGUAUUUAAAGCUCAGACUGAGGAGAGUACACCAUGCACUUUAGAAGAGGAAUUAUUACCUCCUGCCUAUAGGAAAGAAGUCCAGGAUAUGAUUGAAAAGGGUAAAGGCCAUAUGAACAGAUAUACAUUCAAAUUCAAAUAUAACUCUGGCCUGGAUUAUUAUCCAUUCCAAAAAUGAUUGAACAACUCAAAUUGUGUAUGUACCUUUGUUUUCAUAUUGUAUAGUAUUUAGUAAA